AUGGGGAGAAUCAAGAAGGUGGCUAGCCAAAAACAUGAGGCUACGAUCUCACCGUACCUUUCGGAGUUCGUGUCUCGUGCCCUUACCGUCCCGAUCCCCGAGCUUCCUUCACAUCUGAGCACCUUCCUUCGCAUAUGGCCUUUCCCCCGAGGGGACUUAUACCACUGGAUCAACGUCUUGAACCGCUUUGAUGAGAUCCUAGCUGUCGUCAUCGAAAAGUAUGACCUCAACAAUGGACCUCAGACCAAGCCUUUCGGCCGACACGCACUGGUGGAUUUUUACGCAGGCGAUGGAAAUAAGUUGAACCCGGAGGAGGCUAAUGUCAAGUUGAGUGCGCUGGGGUAUGGCCCAGAGGGCGACCGGGAGUUAGUAGAAUCGAUCCUGGACUUCUCCAAGCUUCUCCUCGACAAGUGCGGGAACCGCAGCCUGUACAGCAGCAGCGAGCGCCUCGGAGAUCUGUUGAACACCACUUCACUCUCACUUCUCCAGUCGAGCCUCCGCCUGUCGCUCACUCUGGCCCAGAGGUAUCACUCGCGCCAACGGGGCAGUUCGCAUAUGCAACAGAGCCUACUGGCAGCUCAUUACAACAUUGAUCUGGAAAAGCUCCAGAAAGUGGCGGCGCCGUUUCCCCGUCCGUCCGCCGCUCCCCGACAGCCUGUCUCGCCUACGGUUGGGCCCAAGGGCAAGGAUAAAGGAUCUUCGACGAAGCACAAUGCCAAUGACUUAGCUAGCUUGACCCGCGAAAAGGAAGGCUGGGACGAGUGGGGUCAUGUGCGUCUCCUUUACUACCCGACGGGUGUUGCUGAGCAGACGAAGGAGGCUCCAGUAACCACCAACGUUGGGCCACAGACUCAGGCUCCCUCCACACCAACACCUCUGCGUAGGAGUCACACCCAUCCAACUCCGCGCCUGAGUCGUACUUCCAUUGCAGAGGAUUCUCCAAGCUCCAUCGCGAACACCCCCGGGAAGCCGGACGAGACGCGUGCGGGCAAGAUCCUUGAUAUACCCUUCUCAAGUAUCUCGUCAUCGACGGCUGAAGAGCUGCUUGCGCAACAUCUCGAGGAACUACCGGAGGAUUCCAAGUACGAGCUACUGCAUAGGGUUCGCACGGCCUAUGGUCUCUCAACCUCUUCCGCCCACCGGGAGCAGAUCCUUUCGAUUCGGAUUCUCGCCAUCACAAACCUGGCCUACGUCUACACCGAACCGCUGUUUCAACAGAAGAUCCUUCAGUAUGACAUGGAACAACCAAAACGUCUUCAACUCGCAUAUCAGUUGGCAGAGUUAGUCCAUCUUGGAGCAAGUGGCGAUUUGCCAGUUUCGCGGACCGUGCAGACGUUUGCUAUGCAAGGUCUUGAUGCUCUUGCGAAGCACAAAGCUCGAGCCAUCGACGUUUGUGCUGCUCUUAGUGUCAAUGUGAACCACGGCGUUCUGAUGUUCUUGACCCGGAAGGUUGUCAACGAAUUGGGAGCUGAAGAUGGUGCGCCGGACGAUGGAAGGCAGGAUGAAUGGCGCGAUGCUUUGCUCGCUCUCCUCCGUACUCUUCCCGGUUCCAGCACUAGGACCCCCGAAACAUUGGUCUCUGCGGGUUUAAUUCCCAUGUUUGUGGAUGUUCUCAACUUGCGCACCGAAAAAGCCCGUCGAGUAUAUUCUCGUAUCAUGGAGUUCCUUGAUACCUUCGUCCAUGCCGUUCGGGAUGCGCUUGGAACUCUGACCAGCGCGAGAGGAUUCGACGCCAUUUCCGACCUGAUCGAUUAUGAAACCAAAACUUCUUUCGAGAACGUGUCCAGGGGAGCAGGUAUUCCUGCGCAGCAUAAGACCCCAUCGAUGGACUAUCAGAUUCCAUACUUCCAGCAGCAGAGUCUCCGUUGGAUGUUUCGCUUUGUGAACCACAUCAUGCAGCAUAAUGGCGGCGGGUUUGAUCGGGUUCUUCGGAAUCUGAUUGACUCCCCUCAACUACUGACAUCCCUGCGCUUGGUCUUUGAGAACGCGACGGUCUUUGGUUCCCAUGUAUGGAGCAACGCAGUCAACAUCCUAAGUAGCUUCAUCCAUAACGAACCCACGAGUUAUGCUGUCAUCGCUGAAGCCGGCCUGAGUAAGAGUUUCUUGGAAGCUAUUACCAUGUCUGACAUCAAGGUCCCGGAGAAGAUUGCUACCGGAGCUGAACCCGCUGAAACGGAAGGCGAGCCUGCCGCGGAGCCUUCAGAGCCUUCCCCGGUCAGUGAGGGUGAAAAGCCCAGGCAGUAUGCUAUCGCAAGACCCGAUGGUACGCACUUGGCAAGUGGAAUCAUGCCUGCUGUCGAAGCUCUGUCGUGCAUCCCUUCUGCGUUUGGAGCGAUCUGCCUGAAUUCGUCGGGACUCAAGCUUUUCCAAUCUUCCAACGCUUUAGAAAGUUUCUUUGAGAUCUUCGAGAACCCCGAGCAUGUCAAGUGCCUCAAGGAGGAUGCAAACCUGAUCCGCUCGCUGGGAACGACCUUCGAUGAAUUAGUCCGGCACCACCCGGCGCUUAAGCCAUCGAUCAUGACUGCCGUUAUUGUAAUGGUCGCUCGCGUUGGUCACUUGUGUCGAAGUAAAGCUUGGACAGCCGGACUGGGAACGAAGGUGUGGACAGAGGAUGCGCAGGGGAAGCCUAUAGUGUCGGGCUCUUCUUCUCAGCUCCUCCGGAAACUGGGUAGCCCCAGAGAUGGCGAUAGUAUUCAAGCUUCCGACCUCGGUGUUCGAGAAGUGAAUUCUGAAUGUCACCUUCCGGACGGCGGUACAUUAACCAUGGGAGAUAUGAGCCAGACUCUUCCGUCCUCUAGCGAAGUUGAGCCUCAGGACCGUGACGAGCACGGGCUAACAACCACCGAUUACCUCUUCCCCGUCCUCCGAUUCCUGGGCGCUUUCUUCGAAAACCAAUCCAACUGCAUAUACUUUAUCGAAUCUGGCGGUGUCGAAUUUGUCUUGGAUUUCGCAACCCUGCAGAGCCUCCCAUUUGACUUCCACAACACGAAUACCCACCAGGAGCUGACCGUGCUGGUCCAUAUGCUGGCGGAAACAAAGCCCCAUCUGGUCGUCCCGGCCCUGGUGGAUCGCCUGGAGUCAAUUACUGCGCUGAUGGAUGAUUUUUGGCGGUCAGAAGGACCGAGACAUUCGGGAUUGUUUACGCCUCUAGUCAAAUCAGCCGGUGGAAAUGAACCAGAAGACAACAGCUCACAAAGUUCCCAGCUUGUGAAAGAAAACGGAACCUACUUUGCCAAGAGCAUGGUAGCAACCCUCAUCUUGAUUGAUCUCCUCCGUGAGGUCUUCUCCAUGCCACUCUAUCAGACCCGCCCGAGCCAGCAGACCUCCGCUUUCGCUCAAGUCAACCUUGCCGAUCGGUACUGCUCCCUGAUCCAGAGACUAGGCGGACUACAUGCAGCUUGCGUUUGGGAGGAAAUCCUUCUGGGUAAGAACAUCCCGGAUACGUGGGACCAGGCGACCAAAGUGCAAUCUCCCAGCGCAGGAAUCGAGAGACCCAAUGACCCUACCAGCGCGCCCACUCAAGAAGGAGACACUACCGUGCCCUCAACAACUGAAACGCCCCAGGAGGCUUCUGCUUCGAACACCCCAGCCGAACCGCGUGCUCAAAAUCCAAAGGAUAAGCCUGAAGAGACCGUGGCAUUCAAAAACGUACGGGCGCUUCGGUACCUUCUCAGUUCCAUCCCCUCUUCGAUCACCGGUUUCUUCCACAACCUGGGCCUUGGCCUGAUUGGAAAGCGAAGAAUCGAUAUCUAUCAACGGCAGAAUGCUACAUUAGUGGCCGAGGCCAUUGCAAAGGCUGUGAUAGAGCAGUUGCAAUUCGCGCCACCGAAUUCGUGUGACAACCAGAAGCAGCGGUUCGCUUAUCUGAUAGUCAUAUUGUCGUCUUUUUCUCAUUUGCUAUUUGAAGCUACGGCCGAUCGUCCACACUCUCAUUACCUCACUCUGGUGUUGUUUGCAUUCAAGAGGCAUGAUGGGUUGAAAGUCAUGAAAGAUAUUUGCGACAUUUUUGUGCGCGAGGUGAAGGCCUUGGUGCCACCCGAAUCUGUGGCUGAAUCAGAAAGAGACGUCUCAGCCCGACUCACUUCUGCCUACGGCGGUAUCAAGAUAAUACUGAGUUUCUUCUCUGAACUCGCCUCAGGAAAGAAUAUUGUCGAGUCGAGUCAAACACAGGCUAUGACCAGUAGCGAGCGGGAACGGGAUCGGCCGGACUAUUUCCAACCAGGACAGUUCCUGGUCGAUCUUCGUAUGCAGAUCCUUCCCAUGGCGCGCGAGAUGUGGAACUCUGAUUUCGCGACCCAAUCGUCCAGCUCUGUCGUCAAAUGCCUUGUCGACAUCUUGCGCUCGUCACUAGAUGGUGAAUAUGAAACGGGUGCUGCUAGACGAUCCGAUACCAUGCCCGCUUUGUCUGAUGUGUCAAAGAAGAAGUUUGUCAUCCACAGAGAGCGGUUCACUACGCUACAGGACCAGGGAUUUGAUCCCGCUUUGGCGAAGGAGGCUAUGUAUCGUUGCAACAACGUUUAUGCCGCGGCUGAAGAAUACUGCAAGGCUCAGAACUGGUUACUUCCAAGUUCUCGAAUUCCCCCUCCCCAGAACGACAUUGAGUCUGUCAGAUCCGGUAUGACCUCUGGGGGCGAGGGUGCGGAAGACUCUCCUGAUGCUCCCUUUGACAAUGGGUUCUUAGAACGAUCGGGUCUAGCAAUGCUUCUGGCACAAGCUUCUGGUCGACCGUAUGAUGGACCUCGCCCAGAGGGAGGCCAGGGUCGAGUGGAGGAACACGAAGUCAGACAGGGCACUGAUUUCCUGGCACGAGCUUUGAACCAUAUUCUCAAUGAUGAUGAAUUUGGCGCUGGCGACGAUAGUCUGGGUGGCAGCCCAAACAAUGCUGGUCGCAACCCCGACACUGCUGGUGAAAAUGCUUCCGAACCCUCGAGUUCCGCGGUCAACCAACCCUCUGCGCAACCCACAAGCCACCCUAGCCAGCCCACGAGAAGGCGCGAAGUAACCACAGUGGAGGAUUUGGAUAAGGAGCGCGACAAGGUCCGAUCCAACCUGAUAGAGCGUUGUUUGGACGUCUUGAAUGAGCACCAUGAUGUCUCGUUCGAGCUGUCUGAUCUGAUAGCUUCCGCCACGAAGAAGCACCGCGAUCCGGAGAGCUUCAGAAGGGAAGUUGGAGAAAUUCUGGUUCAGUCCCUCGUCUCGCUUCAGAUGGACAACUUCCAGGCGGCUGGCAAGAAGGUUGCUGCUUAUGCCCACCUCCUUGCGUUGGUCCUUCAGGACAGGGAUAUGUAUAGUGCCACAUUGGGCGAGCUGAAGGAAUGCUUCACAACCUUCCUUGGGUUCAUCCAAGUCCCUUCGGAGAAGACUGCGGAUGAAUCUUUCCCCUGGAUUGGACAUGUGUUACUUGUUCUCGAGAAAUUGCUCUCGGAUGACUCGCAGCCUCCUCAAAUCAAAUGGAGUCUACCCGAUUCCGACCAUGCGCACCCAGAGGAUGAGGGUCCUGCUCAAUUGGAGGAACCUCUUGUUUCCAAUGACCAGAAGCUUCAGCUGUUUGAGGCACUUGUGGAAAUUCUUCCAAGGAUAGGCAAGGACGAUGCAUUGGCUCUUUCGGUGUCUCGUAUCCUUGUCAUUCUCACUCGCAACCGGACUAUUGCAACUCGCCUGGGAGAGAAGCGAAGUCUCCAACGCCUAUUUGUAAUGGUGAAACAGCUUUCCAGCGCCACCAACGAGAAACUUCAAGGGGCCUUCAUGUUGAUUCUCAGACACAUCAUCGAGGAUGAAGAUACCAUUCGUCAGAUCAUGAGGAGUGAGAUCGUUGCCAACUUCGAAUCGAAGUCCUCGCGCCAGAUUGAUACCACUGGAUAUGUCCGGCAAAUGUACCACCUCGUACUCCGGUCUCCCGAGUUGUUUGUGGAAAUAUCAAACGAGAAACUGAAGUUGCAGCGAUACGACAACCGACAGCGCCCACAGAUCCUUACAUUGAAACCAGAGAAACCCGACAAUCAGUCUGGUUCGUCCUCAGGCAGUACCGGGGAAGAGAAAGCGAAGAGCAGUGGCGAAAUCACUCCGGAAAACGCAGCUUCGUCCGACGAUAAAGAUAAAGGAAAGGCCACUGAAUUGAAGCCGCCUAUCGUGGAAAAUCCUGACGGCGUCAUUCAUUAUCUACUCUCUGAACUUCUCUCUUACAAGGAUGUGGAAGACAAAGAACCAUCAGCUGAAGCUACCGAUGCCCGGGCUCCUGAGCAGUCAGAGUCUCAGACCGAAAUGGAGAUGUCUAUCGACGAGCCCGCACCAUCUGUUUCUAGCACUGAUGCCCAGGGUGCACGCAAUUCGAAAAAGGGAGAGAAGCCUCCAUUCAAAGCGGACGAACAUCCCAUCUACAUCUACCGUUGUUUCCUGCUCCAGUGCCUGACGGAACUCCUGUCCUCAUACAACCGGACAAAGGUGGAGUUUAUCAACUUCUCUCGGAAGGCAGAUCCUCAUGCGACCACGCCUUCGAAGCCACGCUCGGGUAUUUUGAACUACCUUCUCAAUGCCCUCGUUCCUGUCGGUACUAUGGACCCGGACGAAUCUGUCGCCUUCAAGAAGCGAAGCAAUACGUCUGCGUGCGCGAUGCGUGUGCUCGUGGCUUUGUGCACUAAAACUGGAGAGUUCGGUGGCACUGGGCGUCGCCGCAAUGAGAAACUCAAUGAAGAGGAUGAGCCUGAGCUGAACUUCGUCCGAAGGUUUGUUUUGGAGCAUGAGUUACGAGCGUACAAGGAAGCAAAUGCGUCAACCGAACCUUUGGAUGCUAAAUACUCGCGCUUGAUGUCUCUCGCCGACCUCUUCGACAAAAUGCUUAGCGGCUACGCGUAUGUUUCUGGGGACACCGCUUUUCCUUCAUCCACUCGGCAGCUUGCGAAGACUAUGUUUGAAAAGAACUUUAUCAACGCUCUCACAGCUUCAGUGGCAGAGAUUGACCUCAACUUCCCUGCUUCUAAGCGCGUCAUCAAGCAUAUUCUACGCCCUCUUAACAAGCUCACCUCAACCGCGGUCGUCCUGAGCGAAACUUCAGACAUCUCUACCCUAGGAGAGACCGAAGAAGACGAAAUCUCGUCAGCCACCUCGGUUUCUGACAUGGACGAUGAUCGAGAGGAGACUCCUGACCUUUUCCGUCAUUCAACUCUGGGCAUGUUGGAGCCUCGCCAUGAAGAGGAAACUAGCUCGGAAGAGUCUGAAGAAGAAGAGGAUGAUGAAAUGUAUGACGAUGAAUACGACGAGGAGAUGGAUUAUGAAGAAGAUCUUCCGGAAGACGAUGGCGAGAUGGUCAGUGAUGAAGAGGACGAAGAAAUUGAGGGUGUCGGUCCUAUCGAAGGUCUUCCUGGCGACUCCGGCAUGGACAUCGAAGUUGUCAUUGACGAUGAUGAAGAUGACGACGAGGAUGACGAGGAUGAUGAAGAUGAAGGCUCCGAUAUGGACGAUGAUGAAAUCCUCGCUGGGGAGAUAACUGGUGAUGGUGAUAACGCAAGCCUAGACGAAGGUGAUGACGAUGAAUGGGAGAGCGAGGAGAUGUCCGAAGAUGACGAAGAGGCGGACAUGGUGGACCAGUUUGAGAACGAGCUUGCCGACAUCAGACAGACCGACGAAGGACAACGCAUCAACGACCUCUUCCGUAUGCUCAAUGGGGAUGCUACAGGGGUUGAUGACCUUCAGGUCGAUAGCCUCGGAGAUAUGCAUGAUGACAUGCUUGAUGAUGAAUUGCAGGAGGACGAAGAGGAUGAAGAGCUUGACGAGCUUGAAGAGGAGCUUGAGGAUGCUGAUGAUGAUCAAGGCUCGUAUCAAGGAUUUGAUGAAGAUGAGGACCUCAUGGAUCCCUGGGGGUGGGAAGGUGAAGAGCCCCCAUUCCCUCGCGGCCAUCACCAUCAUCGCUUCCGUGGGACUCAACCAGCAUGGGCGGCUGUCACUGGCAUUAUGCCCAGCCGGCAUGGAAUUGUUCCCAUUCAACCGUAUCGAUUCCACCGCACUCAGAUCCCAGCGCGCGGCAGUGAUGAUGGAACAAAUCCUCUCCUUGUCCGUACCGAUCGUGGACCAGAAGGUGGACAGCCUCGUGGACCUGGUGCUGAAGCAUUUACCGACUGGGUGCAUGGCAUGGAGCCAGUGUCGACUGGUCAUCUCCUCCCCAUGGACAGCCCCGUGAGCUUUAUGAAUGCAAUCAUGCAAGCUAUUGGUGGUCAAGGUGCCCCAGGCUUCGGAGUGAUCACACGCCCUGAUGGCAUUCAUGUUCACGUUGACCGACGAGCUAUCCUGCCAAACCGUCUUCAGGACAUGUUUGGACUCGGUAGACAACAGCCUUCCCAAUCGCGGACUCGCGAUGACCCAUCUCAAGCUGUGAGCUUUGCUUUGGCGACUACCAGAAGCCGGUGGCAAGAAGAAGCUCGUAUCCUCUUCAGCAGCACAUACGUUGAGAAAACCCAGCGUGUGGUCAACUCUCUAUUGAAGAUUUUGGUUCCUCCUGCUAUUGAAGAAGAAAAGGAACGUGAAAAGAAGCUAGAGGAAGAGCGUAAACGCCGAGAGGAAGAACGUGCCGAGCGUGAACGCCAGGAGCGUAUUGCGCGAGAAGAAGAGGAACGUGAGCGCAAGCGCAAGGAGGAAGAAGAGCAAGCUAGGUUGCAGCAAGAGAGAGAACAGCAAGCGGCCGAACAAGCAACCUCGGGAGCUACCUCUGAGCCUAUGGAUGAUGUGCAGCGGACGGAUUCUGCUGGUGAAGUUUCUGCGCCAGCAGCUGAAACCGAGACGGGACCGUCGGAACCACAGCCUAGGGUGCACACCACGAUCAGAGGUCGUCAGGUGGACAUUACUGGCAUGGAGAUAGAUCCUGAGUAUCUCGAGGCCCUUCCUGAGGAGUUGAGAGAAGAAGUUAUUAUGCAACAAUAUGCGGAGCAACGGUCGCAGGCUGCCGCCGCCGGCGAAGAGCCCAGCGAAAUCAACCAAGAGUUCCUUGAAGCCUUGCCUCCGGAGAUUCGUGAGGAAUUGUUGCAGCAGGAAGCUGCAGAUCGUCGGCGUCGGGAACGGGAAAAUGCACGCAGACAGGCGGCCGCGUCUGGCGCCGCACCUCCCCGUGCUGAAGACAUGGACCCUGCCAGUUUCCUUGCCACUCUGGAUCCCUCAUUGCGACAGGCUGUCCUUGCUGAUCAGCCAGAGGAGAUUCUUGCGCAUCUUGGACCAGAGUUUGUUACCGAGGCUCGUUCCCUCCCUGGCAGACGGCUAGCUCAGUUUGGUGAUAUCCCCAGAGUCGAUAGCCGCCAUAGGACCGAACCAGUGGAAGACCAGGAGCCGAAGAAACCACAGCGACGUCAAAUCGUACAAAUGCUGGACAAACCUGGGGUAGCUACUCUGCUUCGCCUGAUGUUCAUGCCCCUUCAAGGAAACGCCCGUCAUCAAUUGAACGAUAUCCUUCAUCACGUCUGCGAAAAUAGGCAGAAUCGGGUUGAGGUUAUUAGUCUCCUACUUUCUGUCCUCCAGGACGGAACAUCUGAUGUUUCUGCCAUCGAACGCAGUUUCGCCCAGCUGUCGCUUCGCGCCAAACCCCCAUCGGUUCAGAAGACGCCUCAGUCUGUUAAACGGAACUUGGCUUUCCAGACGUCUUCCAGUGUGAGCAGCGAAGUGACUCCGAUAAUGGUCGUGCAACAAUGCCUCGGAACCCUCUCCUUCUUGUCGUCCUACAAUCCUCAUAUCCCUUGGUUUUUCCUCACCGAGCAUGAUCCUUCAUCGACGCUGAAGUUGAAGGCAUUCCGCAAGGGCAAGGGUAAGGAGAACAAAGCCAACAAGUUCGCCCUCAACGCCCUCCUCUCCUUGCUUGACCGGAAAUUGAUCAUGGAAAACCCCAGCUGCAUGGAGCAACUUUCCAAUCUCCUCAGCAAUAUCACUCAACCGCUUACUAUCUUGCUUCGUCGCGAGAAGGAAAGGCAAGAGGAAGAAGACAAAGGCAAGAAACCCGAACGCGCAGCGGACGAGGAAACUACCAGGGAGCAGCCGGCGCAGCCUUCUGAGCCUACAGAUGCUGCUGCGGACACAACGAUGACCGAUGCACCUCUUCCCACGGUGGAAGGCACCGAAGAUCACGACGCCACUUCGGCUCCGCCGGAGACUGGUGCCCCGACAGAAGGUUCCAAGGGGGAGACAAAGAAAGGAAAGGCUGAGGAUGACAAACACAAGAAGCGCAGUAUCGAGCCUCCUGUUGUUCCUGAUCACAAUCUCCAGCUGGUGGUGCACAUCCUCGCAGCUCGUGAGUGCAACGGCAAGACGUUCAGGGACACCCUUUCUACCAUUAAUAACUUGUCUGCUAUCCCUGGGGCUAGGGAUGUGAUUGGAAAUGAGUUGGUCAGCCAGGCGCAGGCCUUGAGCACUACAAUCCUGACUGAUUUGGACGAACUCCUGUCUCACAUCCACCAAGCACGGACAGGCACCGAUAUGCAAGGUCUUGCCCUCGCGAAGUUCUCGCCUGCCAGCUCUGACCAAGCGAAGCUGCUACGUGUUCUGACUGCUCUCGAUUACUUGUUUGACCCGAGCCGUUCUGAUAAGGCCAAGGGCAGCGAGCCUGAUCAGGCAGCCAAAGAGGACGUUUUGCAGUCACUAUACGAAUGCUCUACCUUCGGACCUCUCUGGACCAGGUUGAGCGAAUGCUUGACCGUUAUUCGGCAAAAGGAGAACAUGCUGAAUGUGGCUACCAUUCUCUUGCCUUUGAUCGAAGCGUUGAUGGUUGUUUGCAAGAACACCACAUUGAAGGACACUGCCCGCAACACGCGGGAGACUUCCGUUUCCAGCACCUCUGUUGACGCUGGUGUAAACAUGGAGAGUCUCUUCUUCAAGUUCACCGAGGAACAUCGCAAGAUUCUCAACGAACUCGUCCGUCAGAACCCCCGGCUGAUGAGUGGAACGUUUUCUUUGUUGGUCAAGAACCCCAAGGUCCUGGAGUUCGACAACAAGCGCAACUACUUCACUCGUCGACUGCACUCGCGUGGUGCUGAGCCUCGUCAUCCUCAUCCGCCCCUUCAGCUAUCUGUCCGAAGAGACCAGGUCUUCCUUGACUCGUUCAAGUCUCUAUACUUCAAGACGGCAGAUGAACUCAAAUACGGCAAGCUGAACGUCCGCUUCCAUGGUGAAGAAGGUGUGGAUGCGGGAGGUGUCACGAGAGAGUGGUUCCAAGUGCUUGCGCGGGGCAUGUUCAAUCCCAACUAUGCGUUGUUCAUUCCUGUUGCUGCGGAUCGUACUACCUUCCACCCUAAUCGGUUGAGUGGAGUCAACUCGGAACAUCUGAUGUUCUUCAAGUUCAUCGGCCGAAUCAUCGGUAAGGCUCUGUACGAAGGCCGUGUUCUUGAUUGUCAUUUCAGCCGCGCUGUAUACAAGUGCAUCCUUGGUCGGUCUGUGUCUAUCAAGGAUAUGGAAACGCUUGACCUUGACUACUACAAGUCUCUGCUUUGGAUGCUGGAGAAUGAUAUCACUGAUAUCAUCACCGAGACCUUCGCCGUUGAGACCGACGACUUUGGUGAGAAGCAGGUGAUUGACCUUGUGGAGAAUGGACGCAACAUUCCUGUCACCCAGGAGAACAAGGAGGAGUACGUGCAGCGUGUGGUCGAUUAUCGCCUGCUUCGCUCGGUUAAGGAGCAGCUUGACAACUUCCUCAAGGGAUUCCAUGAAAUCAUUCCUCCCGAUCUCAUCUCCAUCUUCAACGAGCAAGAGCUCGAACUGCUGAUCUCUGGUCUUCCUGAAAUUGACGUGGAUGACUGGAAGGUGAACACCGAAUAUCACAACUAUUCGGCCUCGUCGCCGCAAAUCCAGUGGUUCUGGCGUGCGGUGCGCUCGUUUGACAAGGAAGAACGGGCCAAGCUGCUGCAGUUCGUCACCGGUACCAGUAAAGUUCCUCUCAACGGGUUCAAGGAGCUUGAGGGCAUGAACGGGGUCAGCCGGUUCAACAUCCAUCGGGACUAUGGUAACAAGGACCGCCUUCCAAGCUCGCACACGUGUUUCAACCAGCUCGACCUUCCGGAAUAUGAAAGCUAUGAGACCUUGAGGCAACGGUUGUACACUGCCAUGACGGCUGGUAGCGAGUAUUUCGGGUUUGCAUAG